UCCAAAAAUUUGUAGAAAAUGACUUCCAAAUUGUUUCCUUACUAUUCAUAUGUUAAUAUCUCUCUAAUUAUCUUCUUAUUAUGGCUUCAAACACCCAUUAUUCAAGCUCAUGACGAACAUCAGAGAAAGACUUAUAUUAUAUACAUGGGGGAUCGGCAUUACUCUAAUAUCUCUGCUAAGGACUUCUAUCUGGACAUGUUGAGUGGCAUUCUUGAAAGCGUCCCUUCAGAAAAUACUUCAGAUUAUCUACUUUAUACUUACGAGAACUUCCAAGGAUGUGUCGCAAAACUUACCGAAGAUGAAGCAAAGAAAGCAUCUAGGAUGAAUGGUGUGGUUUCGGUAUUUCCUAAUCGGAAGAAGAAACUUCAUACAACCAGGUCGUGGGAUUUCAUGGGUUUCUCUCAAGAUGUUGAGAGAAGUGCGAUGGAGAGUGACAUUACUAUUGGAGUAUUGGAUUCCGGUAUUUGGCCGGAAUCCGAGAGCUUUCAAGAUAAAGGUUUCGGUCCACCACCCUCCAAAUGGAAGGGCAUAUGUCAAACUUCAAACGAUAACUUCACUUGCAACAACAAGAUAAUAGGGGCACGAUACUUUCGAGCAGAUGGAGAAAUUCCAGAAGGUGACAUAGCCUCACCAAGAGACACAAUAGGGCAUGGAACACAUUGUGCAUCAAUAGCCGCAGGAGGAGUGGUGAACAAAGCAAGUUUCCUAGGACUAGGCCAAGGAACUGCUCGAGGCGGUGUACCAUCAGCUAGAAUCGCCGUGUACAAAGUAUGUUGGACAGAUGAUUGUUGGGAAGCUGAUAUCAUGGCUGCAUUUGAUGCAGCAAUAUCAGAUGGAGUGGACGUCAUAUCGAUUUCACUUGGAAGUGAAGAAGCAUUACCAUACUUUGAGGAUACAAUUGCUAUAGGAGCUUUUCAUGCUAUGAAACAUGGGGUCUUGACUUCGAGUUCUGCUGGAAAUAGCGGUCCAAGCCUUCAUACACUCGGAAAUAUUGCACCAUGGUUACUUUCUGUUGGAGCUAGUAUCAUAGACCGUAAAUUUACCACACAAGUGAAACUUGGUAAUGGCAUGGCUAUUGAGGGAGUUUCUCUAAAUACAUUUGAAGAUGAUGAUAAGACAUUUCCCCUAAUUUAUGGAGGAGAUGCAGCAAACAAAUCAUAUGAAGAGCCAUUACUCUCCCGGUAUUGCUUGUUAGACACAUUAAAUAAAACAUUGGUGAAAGGCAAGAUUGUAAUAUGUGAUUUGCUAGUACCCGGGGAGGAGCCCUUUCUUGGUGGCGCGGCUGGGGUGAUAAUGCAAGAUGUCGAACCCCAUGAUCAUGCAUCUUCCUUUCCUCUCCCUGCAUCUUAUAUUCGUGUUGAUGAUGCUGCUCGCGUUAUCUCCUACACUAGAAAUUUAACGAGUAGUACACCAAUUGGAACAAUAAAAAGAAGUGUUCAAGUCGAGGAUACACCAGCUCCUUUCGUAGUCUCAUUUUCCUCAAGGGGUCCUAAUCCAAUCUCUCCAGGAAUCCUUAAACCAGAUUUGACUGCACCUGGAGAAAGCAUCCUAGCAGCAUAUUCACCGGUUGCAUCUCCUUCCGGAGUUAUGGGUGAUCAAAGGUCCGUGAAAUAUUCUAUAGAGUCGGGGACAUCCAUGGCUUGUCCUCAUGCCACUGCAGUUGCUGCUUAUGUUAAGUCAUUUCAUCCUACUUGGUCCGAAGCUGCCAUCAAAUCUGCUCUCAUGACUACCGCCUUGCCAAUGAGUAGUGCUACAAAUGAAGAAGCCGAAUUAGCCUAUGGUUCCGGCCAAAUCAAUCCAUUGAAGGCAAUAGACCCUGGCCUAGUAUACGACGUUGGAGUAAGUGACUACAUGAAGUUCUUAUGUAGUCACGGCUACAAUGAAACUGCAAUAAGGUUUAUCACAGGAGAAAGUAGUUGCGGUCACAAGAGAUCUACCAAUUGGGAUCUGAAUUACCCCUCAAUCGCGCUCCCUACAAGCUUAGGCCCCUUUGACACCGUGUUUACGAGGACAGUCACCAAUGUUGGUUCACCAAAUUCAACAUACAAGGCUAUAGUAACCGUGCCAAGAGACCAGCCUAUUGUGAUCAAAGUACAACCAUCUGUUUUGUCAUUCAAAUCUGCCGGCGAAAAAUUAUCAUUUAAAGUGAGAGUUUAUGGGACAAUUGGUAUGAGAGCUUUGAUAUCAUCUUCUUUGGUGUGGGAUGAUGGUCAACAUCAAGUUCGAAGCCCUAUUGUUGUUUUUAAUUUGUCUUAGAAUUGACAAGUUGAAAAAUUCUUAUUGAUCAAGAUAUGGGGAAUCGAUGUAAAAGUCAACUUUAAUUUAAUUGAAUAAUUAAUUAUCAAAAUAAUUCUAUUGAUGUACACUUUGUAUAUGAGGGUUGAAUUUAUUUAUUUAUACUUCAAGAAAUUAGUGUAUUACUGUAAUUUAUCAAAUUCAUUUACUUUUGGAACCCUUAGACUUUUUCUUAUGAUUUAUUAGGAUGUAAACUAUAUAUAAAAAUAA